AGGCUCAUAGGUGGGUUAUACCCACAUGCCUCUUUUUUUUCUGUGAGCUGGGGUUUCCUUACAGGCACUGCCAUGGAGUGUGUGAUAGUUGUGACCCAUCUGAAUAUCCAACCAGGUGACCGCGUUGAAUUGAAGGGACAAGUGGCACCUGAUGCCAAAAGCUUUGCUGUGAAUCUGGGUCGGAGUGGCUUGGACCUGGCCCUUCACUUCAACCCCCGGUUUGAGAGCCAGGGUGAUGCCUGGACCAUUGUCUGCAACUCGCUGCAGAAAGGGGAGUGGGGGGAAGAGCAGCGUGAGCCCCGCUUCCCCUUCCAGCAGGGGCAGGAAGGGAAGAUGACCUUCUCCUUUGAUGCCCAGGAGAUGUGUGUGACACUACAAGAACAUUUGGAGCUUACAUUCCCAAACCGCCUGGGGCUGGAAACUAUCUCCUUCCUCUCAGUGGAAGGAGACUUCAAGGUCACCUCCCUCAAGUUCAAGUAGCUGCAUCCUGUUCUGUUAACUCUGCUCCUUCUGUGGGGCAUAUGGAGGAUACUGACCAAUAAACUUAACUUUGCUCUUCA